CAUUCGCGCGGGGCUGCUGCAUCCCCUUCCAUUUCCAUACCUUAUCCUCUCUCUCUCUCUCCCCACACAACAAUUGCAAUAAAUGAGUGCCCUCUGUGUAUGCACAGCACCUUAUUAAUUGCUCAUAUAUACUCUUAACAUACAUACUCCAAAUACACAACAAAAUCAUAAACCAACACUACAGCACCUCUAGAUUUUUAUUUUCUUCACUGUUCACACUAUUUUCUCCUUUCCUUUCACAUUAUCCCUUCCCUUUUUUAAACAAGCCAUCUUGCUUUUGUUUCUUCUCUUCUCAUCACCAACACGGUGUGUGUCCUUCAUCCUGGAUUAGAGCCACAAACAUAACACAUUCCGCUUUGACUUUGGAGGCUAAGGGCCUAAGGCAGGUUUUUUUGCUUUGUCAGGUUCCCAAUCACUGUGAUAUCAUGGAAUCCCCACAAUCCGUUGUGUCACCAUUCAAGAGCUCUGUCUUGGGUGAAGCUGAGAAGUAUAGGUCUGAUGUUUUCACACAAAGCUCGGGUCCUUUGUCUAAGGACAUUGAAGUCAAUGGAAAGGAAGCUGCCGUGGUUAAUCCAGAGGAAUCCAUCGGUGUUGUUGAUGUUUACAUUCAUCAGGCUAGGGACAUUCAUAACAUCUGCAUAUACCACAAGCAAGAUGUUUAUGCUAAGAUUUGCUUGACUAGUAAUCCUGAGAAUUCUGUCUCUACCAAGACUAUCAAUGGAGGAGGAAGGAACCCCGUGUUUAAUGAGAAUCUUCGUCUAAGUGUUAGGACUGUUGAUUCUGCUGUCAAAUGUGAAAUUUGGAUGCUGAGCAGGGUGAAGAAUUAUCUGGAAGAUCAGUUGCUUGGUUUUGCUUUGGUGCCUUUGUCUGAAGUACUGGUGAAGGAUGGAAAACUAGAGAAAGAGUUCUCUCUUUCUUCAACUGAUUUAUUCCAUUCCCCGGCUGGUUUUGUUCAAUUGUCUCUUGCUUACACCGGUGCUUCACCUGAUGUUAUGGCGAUUUCUGCAAUGCCUACUGAGUUGGCCACAAAUGGCACCGAGAAGGACUCAGAAUCAUGCGAGUCACUGGCCAGAGAUUUGGACAAAAUUGAAUUCCCAGAUCCAAAAAUUGUAAAUGAAGACCACUGGAUGGUUUCGGAAUACUUUGGCAUUCCAUGUGAGGAGAGCCAGUGUUCUGAUAGCUUGACCACUACUGAUACUGAAAAUCUUAGUUCUGAAGCAGGUGUUCAGAUUGUGGAGAGCUUCUCAGCAUGCAGUGUUGAAUCUGUCCAACCUCCUAAGGCUGAUUCUCCACCCAGCAGUGUGUCAACAAAUGGGGUUUCAUCUCCUUCAGUGGCUGCAAGCUCAGACUCAUCUGAUGUUGCUGCUUCCAAGUCUCCCAGUCAGGAACAAGUUUCAGCCACCAAAGAGAAAAAUGGGGAUGUCAAAGAUGGUGGGAGUGAUUCCUCAAAUGGGGUGCUGAAUGAGUCAUUCCCUAAGCCUGUUGUGACUGUUAACAUCGAGCCGGAGCCGAAUGUGGUGCAGCAGGAUUUUGUAGACAUGUACAUGAAAAGCAUGCAGCAAUUCACCGAGUCAUUGGCGAAAAUGAAGCUUCCUAUGGACUUUGAAAGUGGACCAACUAGUUCAGGAAACUCUAGCUCUGAACAGAAGAUACAGACACCAAAGAGCACUAACUCCCGUGUGUUUUAUGGAAGCAGGGCUUUCUUCUGAACUUUGGAUCAAGGGAAAUACUUUCAGGUGACUUAGAUUUUAGAAUGAAAACUGAUAUCAGUAGUGAAUGAAAUAAUGCACUGUCCAGUGGGAUUCUCGCUUCUGUACUUGUUGAUCUGUUAUAGGUAACAGGGAAUCUUAACUUUGUACUCUCACAGGCUUGGUCCUAUCUUAACUGCUAAAUGAACUUUUUUCUGUCAUGUGUU